AUGGAACCGAUCGUACAUUAUAAUGGCCCACAUCAUAUUUUGGAACAAUUGCCCGAUGAAAAAUGGCAAUGGAUUAAACAACCUUCCCUUGCAGAAUCUCAACAAGGCUUACAAAAUCCUUUGGCCAAUUGUCCAACAUCUAUUGUCCUCCGCAAGCCUCAUCGACCAUUUUCACCAGUAACAUCGCCUACUGAACCAUUUGAAAUGAAACCAAAAGCUACUUUCUAUUUAAGAGUGAAAAUCAAAGAGGAAACAUGCAUGAGUGGUUAUGCCAACAGUGAAAGAUGUGGCAAACAUAGUGUCCAAGCCAAUUUGGAUGAAACCUUUUUAUUUGAUGUUUCUGAAGCUUGUACUGCAACAUUAAGUAUUUAUUCCCAACAUAAACCAACUUUAUUUUAUUCAAGAUCACAUCAUCAUCAUCAUCAUCAACAACAAGAUAAUUUUGUAGGCAGCCAUGUUUUCCAAAUUCGUAUGUCCCCUGCACAAAAACAUGUGCAAAGACAUAUGAUUACGGAUCCAACUACUGGUCAAAGUUAUCAAGUAUUAGUAGUAUGUGGUAUUUAUGUCAGUCAUCGAUCUCAAACUAUGGUCAAUAAUUCUUUAUUACUUGAAGAUUAUUUAACUGUACAAGUAAGAGGAACAUUUACACCGAGAUUGGAAAGAUUUUGGGCAGUAGUAAGAGGUGUUCAGCUUGAAUUAUAUGAUUUUGAUUUCAGAGAGACACGACCGCCGAUCUAUGUGAUUCCUUUACAUACUUUAUUGGAAGCUUAUCAUAAUGAUAUAGAAGAACAAGAAGAACAACCAAUUGGAACAGGGGGAUUGAUUUUACAAUUCUCCGAAGAGACUCUUGAUUCAGCGUAUCGACGUAGUAUUCUUGAUCAUCCUGAAUUUGAGUGUCGUAUGUAUGUAUUGGCUGAAACAAUGCAAAGAUCUAAAGAAUGGGAACAUGUCUUGAAUUAUAUGGUAUCUAUUUUUGAUGAAUGUCGAGAGGAACAAGUGGGUAAUGAUGAUGAUAGUAAUGAUGAUGAUUAUGAUGACGAUUUUCCAUCAUAUCAACAACAUGGUAGUAUAGUGCCUACUAAGUUUUUAUGGUAG